UGUAGGGGAUAGAAAUCACCGGAACAAAGCUCAGCUUGGGGGUGCACCCGUGGGUAUCCCUGUACUCUAUUCAGGAGCGGGUCUCCACGCUACGCUAGCGGAUCCCAGGCACCUGGCCCGCAGCGGCCAGCCUCUCUGCACCCUCGCUUCUGGGCCAGUGAGGUCAAGAGGAGUCCCAGGCUCUGUCCUACCCUCCACGGGGUAAGGGGCGUGGAAAACACAGGCCCCCGGUGGCUCGGUGAGCUAAAGUCGGCCUGGUUGUGAGCCAAGGCAAGGGGAUUCUUUUUUCCGCUAUUGUCAUUAUUGGUGAUAUCAACUCAUUCAUCGCGGCCUCCCCUCCCAGCUCUCCGGCUGUCUCUGCCUGCGCGCCACCAGUUUCUCCAGUCCCUAGCACGUAGGAAGCGGCCCCCUACAGGCCUGCGCACUCUCCUUCCUGGCGAACCUUUCUUCCGGCUGGGAGGGAGCGGGCCUGGAGGUUAGGAGGCUUUAGGUUUGGCUUUGGCCAGUGGGGACUAGGGGCGCCGGGCUCUGGGUUGGCCACCGCGGGCCAGGAGUGGGAACUCGGCACAAUAGCACUGCUGCAGUUGCGCUCGCGACGCCCCUGCUCUCCUGGUUCCCCUCCGCCUGCGCCGUUGUCACCUUCAAGUGGCUUCGGAGCCUCAAAGAGGGGGCAGUGGGAAGUCUCCCGACUUCUCAGAGCUUGAACUCCAAGAGGGCACCAUGUGCUGGAUGAAUCCCAUACUCACAGGAUCCCAUUUGUCAACCCUCAAGCUUUUAUAGAAUGCUGUGAACAUUUGCCAAAGUUGUUUCUUAAAAGAAAGGGUUGCGGCUUCUUCCCAGGAACAGAGAGAGACAUCUGCACUUGCUCUCAUGCUUAACAUCACUGAAGCUGGAAAAGCCACUGAUUCUGGACAUGGUGAGCACAGAUCUGAGAACAAGUCCCCAGAAGAGAGUCUACAAGGUACUGUACCAUCUUUCUACACAAGUGCCUCUGGAGCACCCGUAUGCCCUAGAGGAGAUGGGCAUUAUCCUUCGUGUUGUCCAGUGACUCAUACUCGAGAGAAAGUUUAUGCCAUCUGCUCGGACUAUGCCUUUCUUAACCAGGCAACGUCAGUCUACAAAGCUCCUAGCCCAAGCCGCUCUGCUUGCCUCCGUGACAACACCUCCCUUUCUGCUGGAAAUAUUACAAGUUAUAUUGGAAUCCCAAAUAGUACAUCAGAAAUAAUCUAUAAUGAAGAAAAUGACUUGGAAAACUUAUCCACCAGCAUGGGCAAGCUACCUCUUGCAUGGGAAAUUGAUAAAUCUGAAUUUGAUGGGGUGACGACAAAUUUGAAACAAUCAGGCAAUGCAAGGAAACAAAUUUCCAAGAAGAAAACAUCAGAUAAAAAAGGGCGGUAUCAGAGGGAGUGUCUCCACUAUUCUCCUCUUGAUGAUGUUAAACAGCGCAAAGUGUUAGACCUUAGGCGAUGGUACUGCAUAAGCCGACCACAAUACAAGACUUCAUGUGGUAUCUCCUCAUUGAUUUCUUGUUGGAAUUUCUUAUACAGCAUUAUGGGAGCUGGGAAUCUCCCACCUAUUACCCAAGAAGAAGCAUUACAUAUUUUGGGCUUCCAGCCCCCAUUUGAAGAUAUUAGGUUUGGCCCUUUCACUGGAAAUACAACACUCAUGAGAUGGUUUAGACAAAUUAAUGACCACUUUCAUGUGAAAGGAUGCUCUUAUGUUCUAUAUAAGCCCCAUGGGAAGAACAAAACAGCUGGAGAAACUGCACCAGGGGCCUUAUCAAAGUUGACCCGAGGACUGAAAGACGAGUCACUGGCUUAUAUCUAUCAUUGCCAAAACCAUUACUUCUGUCCAAUUGGCUUUGAAGCAACCCCUGUUAAAGCUAACAAAGCAUUCAGCAGGGGCCCCCUCUCAUCACAAGAAGUAGAAUACUGGAUUUUAAUUGGAGAGUCAAGUAGAAAACAUCCUGCCAUUCACUGCAAAAGAUGGGCAGAUAUUGUCACUGAUCUAAACACUCAAAAUCCAGAAUUCUUAGAUAUCCGACAUCUAGAGAGGGGGCUGCAGUUCCGGAAAACCAAGAAGGUUGGAGGAAAUUUGCAUUGCAUCAUAGCAUUCCAGAGACUCAGUUGGCAAAGAUUUGGCUUUUGGAACUUUCCAUUUGGAACCAUUACACAAGAAUCACAACCUCCCACACAUGUCCCGGGAAUUGCCAAAUCUGAGAGUGAGGACAAUAUCUCUAAGAAGCAGCAUGGGCGUCUGGGCAGAUCCUUCAGUGCUAGUUUCCACCAGGACUCAGCAUGGAAGAAGAUGUCUAGCAUCCAUGAGAGAAGGAACAGUGGCUACAACAGCUUUAGAGAUUACAAUGGCAAUGACUGAUCAUGCCAAAACUUAAAUCACUGUUGUCACCCACACAGCUGUUAUGUACAGGACUGCAUUAAGACAUCAGAUGGUUUUAUUAAGUCUAUCAAUAGGAACAGAGUUUGUGGUACACAGCAUACCCUGUAGUUCUCUAGUAAAAAAGCCUACAUAGGAUUACUAUGGGUGGCUUCAAAUAUACAGGCAGGUAAGCACAGAAUUCUGCCCUUUUAAAGCUAAAAGUAGAUAAGCAAUCUGGACAAAGGGUUUCACAAAAUCCAAUACAAUCAAAACUGCUUCAAAGGAAAAACACAAAUGCAUUUAACAGCAUCAAAACGUGAACUACUUACGCAUGAAGUGAUUUAUUGAACUAGUCAUUUAUUAAAGAUACUUUGAUUCCUAAGGUACCAUCUGUCCUUUAACAAUGGGGACAGUCAAGGUCUAGUUUUUGCUCAUAGUUAAACUAAUUUAAAAUUAUCUUUCUAGUCUAGUUAUUCUUUCAGUGCUAACAGUAUCCACCUCACAUCUUUGCUUUCCUGAAUAACUGUCUCAGGAUUCUCCAAAAAGAAGCAGAAAAUACUCAAGAAAUUGACCUUUUCUAUAGGUGCAGAUGGGUGGGUGACAUAGGUCAUUGAUCUUGAUACUCUUAACUUGGCACAUGGCUGUGAGAUAGUUACAAGAAGAAUAGGUCUUGAGUGAGGUCUGAUGUUUUAGAACAAACCUUGUUUUAGGGAUAUAGUUACAGAACACUCGGAAUCCAAAGUUUCUAUCUACAUAUCCAUGGUAAUAUGUGCAGUGAGAUGUCACAUUUGACUUGUCUCUUAAUGGAGUCAUGUGUUAACAAUAGCACUGAAGACAUGUUGGCAAUGUCCAGCCCACUCUAAGGACAACUUUGUAUUCUCAACUCUGAGCUGUUUCCUUUUGUGAAACAUCCAAGCAAUUAGGUGUUUAAAGUCUGUGUUAAAUACUUUGGAAAGUGUGAAUUCAAGAAUUGAGCUCCUCUUUAGCUGCUGCUGUUUUCCUUUUGCUACCAAGGUGUGACUCAUAGACAUCUAUGAUGCUGUUCUUUCACGUCAUAGGUUCAUUCCAGGAUGCAAAUCAGUAACUUGGUGAUUACAAGGUGCUGAGUAUGUUGAAACCAUAUUGCAAUACACCUCAAAGGGAGGUUUCAGAUUUUGACUUUUUAAAAAAAAUUCAUUUUUUCUCUUGAAUUUUAUAUCCAUUUACCCACUCCUAUAUGUUUAGCCUACAGAGUUACAAAAUGGUCCUGUUUCUGAAGAGAUUAUUUAGCUUGAAAUGUAAAGAACUGAAAGAUUUGUAGGUUGUUGAUUUUGUUACUUCACAUUGGAAUUUUGAAAAUGUUUUCAUUGAAUAAAGUUUUGUUUUCUACUUUUGA